UUCGGUGUGCACAAAUUGUCGCGGUCUGGUCACUCUUAACGCCAGUAAUUUCUUAUUUUUAUAUUAUGCUAUUUCGCCAGUUAUGCUUAUAAAUAUGUAUUUUUUCCAAGAAUCUUAAAAGUUUUUGACUAUGCUUACUCAUAACUAAUCUUCGAAGUUUGGAGUUCAACAACUUAGCACACAACUCACAUCAGUAAAUGCUUUGUUCAUAAGUGUUGAUAGUAACUAUGUAUACAUAAAAUUGUGAAACAGGAUGGUUUAAGUUGAGCACAAAAGGAUUUCAAAACAAACAAGAAAAUACAUUUAGUGCUUGUGUUUGAAAUGAUCUCACCAGAGGCAUCUGGCCCUGUUUCGCGUAUAAUUCGGGAGUUCGAAACUCAUGCAUAAGUGCAAUAGUGUGCGUGCGGGCUGUAUUUGAUGUGCAUAUGCCUGACUUUAUUGGAUGUGUUUGCAGGGAACCCCAGAUAGCCAAACGAUGGGUUUUCUAAUAAACCUAAGCAUUUAGACGCCAAACCGAUCCAAGGGAAUUCGAUUGAGGCAGGCACCACUAUUGUUCCAUGUUGGCACACCUACAAUGAUGUCGACAACAAUGCCCCGCAGUCCUGCCCAAUCGCAGCCUCAAUUAAACACCGAUGCCUCAACAAGUGCAUCCGGAGCUGGCGCUGGAGUAGGGAUUGGGAAUGGGAAUGGAGUGGCAGGAACCAGCAGGAGCUCUCCAAAGACUAUGAAGAUCGAGCCCUUUUCCACACUCUCUCCGGAUCAAAUCAAAAUAAUGCCGGACGAAAGUGCAGAGAAAAACGGCCAAUCGUCAAGCAAUGACAAGGGCAACGCCGAUCCAGCUGGUGGCAGCGGGGGCGGAAUGGGAGGCGGUGGCGCAGGUGGAGCAGGAGGUAUUUCGGCCGACGCACAACCAUCGCAGUCGUCUUCCUUGGGCGCUGCCGGUCCGCCGAUGCUCAGACAGAACUCUUCAAGCAGCAUUAAUUCGUGCCUGGUCGCCUCUCCAAACAACACCAGCGAGCACUCGAACAGCAGCAGUGUGUCUGCAACGGUUAACCUCACGCAAAUGGUCGAUGGCGAAGAGCAGGCGAAGAAAAAGAAGACCAGUGUGAAGAAUGAGGAUGGCGAAAUAGGACCCAAUAAAGCGAAAGGCUUGGCCGCCGGCACAGGGUGCGGAACAGGGUCCGUUUCCAGUUUGUCCAUGGGUAUUGCCAUUAAGGAAGAACCCUCCGACGUCCUGAGCAGCUUAGUGAAUAUGAAAAAGGAAGAAAGAGAAAACCACUCGCCAAACAUGUCUCCUGUUGGGUUCGGUUCCAUUGGUAAUUCACAGGACAAUUCCGCUACUACCGUGAAAAUAGAAAGAAAUACAACCGAAAAUAUCACGGAAAAAAAGACAUCAUCCUCGGCGAUAAAUAAUGAUGAAAUAGGAGACGGUAGCUGCAAUCCGUUGACCGAUAUUAUAAGUGAAUCUUUAAGUAACCCGCCCAUGUCGAGCAUAUUAGCUCUUGGAAUGAAUGCGUCUCAUGUGAAUGCAGCAGGACCAGGAACAGCGGCAGCUGGAGUUGGUGGCCAUCUGCCUGGCAAUGGUAACACUUCGGGUGGUGGCAAUUGCUUGGAUUACAUGCAACAGCAAAAUCACAUAUUCGUGUUUUCAACUCAACUGGCAAACAAAGGGGCCGAAUCUGUUCUAAGCGGUCAGUUCCAGACCAUUAUUGCGUAUCACUGCACCCAGCCAGCGACAAAAAACUUUCUCGAAGACUUCUUUAUGAAAAACCCUCUGAAGAUGAACAAGUUGCAGCGGCACAGUAACUUGGGAAUGCCCUGGCUUGGCAUGGGACCGGGAGGGCCGAUGGCACAAAGUGCACACAAUUCUGUAUCAAAGACAACACAGCAGUCUCAUUCAAAGUCUGUAAGCCUCCUGAAAACCCAGUUUAAUCAAAAUGAGAUCGGCAAACGCAGUUCUGCCAAUGCGCCCAGCAACACUUUUGUGGACCAGUCCGAUCCCUUGGCCAAUGAAAAUGAACUGAUGUGCUGGGAGAGCGGAGCCGGAAACAGCGGUGCCGGUGGUCCUGCACCAAAUUCGCGAAACAAUAUAGACAGUAUAAGCGCUUCCAGCGAGUCUCAGGCAAUAAAGAUUCUAGAGGCUGCUGGUGUUGAUUUGGGACAGGUCACAAAGGGAGGCGAUCAAAGUUUGACGCACGAAAACAACAUUGUUUCGCUGCAAGGAGUUAAGGUUCCAGACGAAAACCUCACCCCACAACAGCGUCAGCAUAGGGAAGAGCAGUUGGCAAAAAUAAAGAAAAUGAACCAAUUUCUCUUCCCUGAAAACGAGAAUUCAGUAGGAGCCAACGUGAAUUCACAGAUGCCGAAAAUACCGGGAGACCUGAUUAUGGGAAUGCCGAGUGGAGGAGGAACUAUAAUAAAUCCGCAAAUGCGACAAAUGCACUUGCCCGGAAACGUGAAACCGGAGCUCCUAGCGGGGACUACAGGACUUUCCGAAGAGGUAAUGCUCCCUGGUGAUGUGAUUUCGGAUAUGGGUGCUGUAAUGGGAUGUAGCAACAGUCAAAAGAGCGGCCUGCAAUGUGGACCUGGGGCUGUAAGUGGACCUUCUGCGGGCGCGCUGAAUGUGAAUAUACAUUGCUCAAGCUCUGGUGCUCCAAAUAGCAGUAUGAUGGGGAACUCAACCGACAUAAUGGCUUCGUUUGGCAACACGAGCUGCAACGUGAACGUCAUUGGAUCGGUACCAGAUAUGUCUAAAGAACUCCCAAAUCAAGACAACCUGACGCAUCCACACCAAGGGGGGGUGGCUCAAAUGGAGUGGUCGAAGAUCCAACAGCAAUUCUUCGAGGACCGGCUUAAAGGGGGCAAGGCCAGGCAAGCUACGGGACCUGUCGCCCCGCCGCAGCAGCCACCUGGUAAUGGUGGAAAUCCGUCGAACAACCAAGUGCGCUCUCUGCAGGGACCCCCACCGCCAUACCAUUCCACCCAGCGAUCUGCUUCAGUGCCAAUAGCUACUCAAUCGCCGAAUCCAUCGAGUCCGAACAACCUGUCUCUGCCGUCACCGCGCACAACUAGCGCAGUGAUGGGUUUGCCCACCAACUCACCCAUCAUGGAUGGUACGGCAUCACUGUCGGGAUCGGCUCCCCCGGCAAUCACGUCAUCCUCGCAGGCAGGCACAACGGGCGUGCUCUCCGCAAACAAGAACUGUUUUCAGGCAGACACCCCAUCGCCGUCGAAUCAGAAUCGGAACCGAAAUAGCGGAUCAUCAGGCGUUCCCACUCAUAACUUGAACAGCAACCCGAGUACACCGCUGUCCCAUUUAUCCCCAAAGGAAUUGGAGCCGUUCGGUCAGUCUUCUGCUGGUGAUAGCAUAAAAAGUAGACGGCCAAGCCCACAAGGUCAACGGUCGCCAGGAAAUGGUCUCAUAGAGGCAAAUAUAGAAGCUAGAUUCGCUAACUCCAGUCCUGGCGUGAUUUUUAAUCCACACCCGCAUAUGCAAAGCAAUACGAAUUCAGCAUUAAAUGCCUAUAAAAUAGGCACUCCAAAUAUGCAGAUGGAGCGUCAAGCUUCGCAAGGAGGAUCCGGACAGUUUGCUCGGCGUUCCGACAAUAUUCCUCUAAAUCCAAACAGUGGCAAUCGACCACCGCCGAAUAAGAUGGCACAGAACUUCGAUCCAAUCUCUUCACUGGCGCAGAUGUCUCAACAACUAACCAGCAGUGUGUCCAGUAUGGGGAGUCCAGCCGGCACUGGAGGAAUGGCUAUGAUGGGCGGUUCGGGAUCGGUGGACAUUAAUAUUGAGCAUGCAAUGAUUUCGGGACUAGAUGGACCAGGAAUGGAUGCCCUUAAUCAAAACAACUGCAAUCCAAUGAAUGCCGUGAUGAACUCUAUGGGUCAGCGAAUGCUGAAUCCUAAAAUGUGCGUUCCGGGCGGACCAAACGGUACUCCUGGCUUCAACCCAAACUCACCCAAUGGAGGAUUAAGAGAGAGUCCCUUAGGUCCCGGUCCAGUUCCUGGCCCUGGACAAGCAAACUCUCCAAACUUUCCAGGCGUUGUGCCCCCAGGUGCUAGAAUGAUGGGUCGAAUGCCAGUCAGCUUUGGUUCGAAUUUCAAUCCCAAUAUACAGGUUAGGGCGAGUACACCAAACACCAUACAGUACAUGCCAGUGAGGCCGCAGAACGCCAAUAACAACAAUAACAAUGGAGUUAGCAACGUGCGAAUGCCACCUAGUCUGGAGUUUUUGCAGAGGUACGCUCAUCCCCAAAUGGCUGCAGUGGGAAAUGGUUCCCCGGUAUGUCCACCAUCUGGGGACAGUGGUCCGGGAAUGUCCGGAAUGAUGGUGGGAUCAGGAUCAGGAUCAGGAGCCAUGCUAAUGAACUCUCCCGGCGAGCAGCACCAGAACAAGAUCACAAACAACCCUGGAGCUGGCAACGGCAUUAACUUUUUCCAGAACUGCAAUCAACUGGCUAUCAUGGACGAAGAGGGAGGCUUAGCCGGCCAUGACGUGCCAAUGAAUAUUGGGCAGUCGUCCAUGAUACGCGGAAUGCGCCCGCAUGCCAUGCGACCACAUACAAUGGGCCCACGCAUGCAGGCUUCAGUCAACAGGCAGAUUCAGUUUGCACAUGCGUCAGAUGGCCUGGACUGCGGCGGGGACCCCACAGCAUUUUUUAACAACGCUGCCUGCAACAGCACCGGACCAGCCAUGUUUGCAGCUUCGCAACAAUCGAAUCAGUCCAAGCCUCAGCACCUUAAAACCAUGACCAGCGGAAUAUGUCAAAAUCAAACUGGAAUGGGAGUAGGCCCUGCGGUGGCGCAAGGCCAGAUGCUGCCGGGGCCUGGGCAAGGGCAAGGGCAGGGGCAGGGUCAGGGUCAGGGUCAGUCCUUAAUCGGACCCAGCAAUAAUAAUUUAAUGUCAGCUUCCGGAAAUGUUGGUACUACGAACGGCGUUUCUGGCAUUAAUUUCGUGGGUCCCUCAUCAAAUGAUCUGAAGUACGCGCAGCAAUAUCACAGCUUCCAACAGCAGUUAUACGCAACCAACACCAGAAGCCAGCAACAACAACAGAUGCAUCAGCAGCAGCAUGGCAAUAUGAUAACUAUGCCGCCCAACUUAUCACCAAAUCCAGCGUUCUUUGUGAAUAAAUGAACACUUAUAAGCUGCCGCCCUCGCCAUGUAUCGUUUACUAGUCUCCGAGAUAAGACAUCCAUCUCUAAAUAAGAUUUUUACUAAGCUUAUUACCGUAGAUGUUUUUGCAAAGGAGAAAAUAAACAUUUGUAAAUGCAAUUACAAUUACAACAUUAGUAACAAAACAUUUUAUUUGCAACAUUUAGACGAGCCACAUUCAAGUAAAAUCUAGCAUCCCAUUCGAUUAGACAGAUUUGGAUCUGUAUUUGGAUACAUGUUUGAACAUGAUAGGUAAUCGCUUUGCGAAUAUGUACAAAUAUUUAAACAUCGAAAAUUUAGUUAUUUGCAGCUAUUUUUCUGUUAUUAAUUAAUAUUUACGCUGCUCUCUGUGUUAAAUGCAAUUAAGAAAAUAUACAUAUGUAAAACGCUAUUAAUAUAUUAUUCUCAACUUUAUUGUAACCCAUGUUAAGAGAACUGUAAAUUCUUCCAUUAAAAAGAUAAUGAAAAACA